AUGAGUGUGAUCGACAUUUUAACUCGGGUGGAUGCGAUCUACAAGAAGUAUGAAAAAUACGACAUUGAAAAGCAGAAGGAUUCCAACAUCGUCGGCGAUGACGCAUUCGCCCGCCUUUACACCGCCGUAGAGUUCGACAUCGAGGCUGCUCUUCAGAAAGCGGAGACUGCUUCGCAGGAGAAGAGUAGGGCGUCAGCUAUGGCGAUCAAUGUGGAGAUUCGGAGAACGAAGGCCCGGUUGUUGGACGAGGUCCCUAAAUUGCAGAGAUUAGCUGUCAAAAAGCUGAAGUCCUUCUCAGCACGAUUGGAGUCGGAGAAGGUAAUGUGGUGGUCAACUUAG